CAAGGAAGCAUAACUCUCCGUUAGCAAAGCGAAUGUUGACAAAUAAAGAGAGACCCUUUUCUUGGAUUUGGUGAAAUUGAUUUCAGAGGUCAUGUCUUUGCUUGUUGCUAGCAUCGACUUUGGGACAACAUAUUCGGGCUGGGGAUUUUCGUUCAGACAUGAAUUCGAAAGUGACCCUACAAAAGUAUCUGCGAAAAACUGGUCAGGCGGACAACUCGUUUCACAGAAAGGACCUACAUGCGUGUUGAUUUGUCCUGAUGGGAAAACGUUGGACGAGUUUGGCUACAAAGCAGAGAACAAGUAUGCUGAAAUGGCUCUGGACAAGGGUCACAAGCAGUGGUACUACUUUAGAAGAUUUAAGAUGAAGUUGUUUAAACAAGGGGGAGUUGGACGGAAACUCAUGCUUGAGGACGAAACCGGACAGAAAAGUCUUCCAGCUAAAAUUGUAUUUUCGGGGGCAAUUAGGUAUUUGAAGAACGAUUUGAUUAAAGAAUCCGAGAAAAGAAUAACAGGAGGUGGAAUCACCGAUGCUGACAUAAACUGGGUGCUUACAGUUCCUGCAAUCUGGAAUGAUGCAGCCAAACAGUUCAUGCGAGAGGCAGCUGAAGAAGCAGGAAUUGCAGGCGACAAACUGACGAUAGCACUUGAGCCUGAAGCAGCAUCAGUGUUUUGUAGACAUUUGCCUUUGGACACGACCGCUAGCGCAAUCACAUCUUUGGCCUCUUUCAAGGCGGGGACCAAGUAUUUAGUGCUCGACGCGGGAGGGGGAACUGUAGACAUAACGGUCCACGAGGUUGGUGGAAGUGGUGAGUUAAAGGAACUGUACAAGGCCAGCGGAGGAGCAUGGGGCGGAACAAAGGUGGACGAUGCAUAUGAAAAGUUCUUAGUUGAAAUAACAGGACCUGGUGUAAUGGGCACUUUCAAGGAAAAUCACAUGGACGACUAUAUUGACCUGUUGCGCGACUUUGAAAUCAAGAAGAGAGAUAUAUCUACGAAAAAGAGUGGCGGAAAAGUUAUUCUUCGCAUGCCGGUGGCAUUGGUUAAAACCGUCAAGGAGGUCACUGGAAAAACAAUGAAGGAAACCAUUGUUGGGUCAGUGUACGGAGAGCGCAUCAAGCAUCAUGGGGACAAAAUCCAAGUUGACGCCGAAAUAGUCAUUGAGCUGUUUGACGAACCAGUUACCAGCAUUCUAAACCACGUGUCCACUCUUUUAAACAGAUCUGCUGUGCGUGGCUGCAACAAGAUUGUCAUGGUUGGUGGAUUUUCAGAAUCGCCAAUAUUGCAGGAACGAGUCCAGAAACGUUUUUCUGGAAUGUCUGUCAUCGUACCGAACGAAGCAGGGCUCGCUGUGUUGAAAGGCGCGGUGAUAUUCGGACACAGUCCGACUACUAUCGCUGAAAGGGUUUGUAAGUUAACGUAUGGGUAUAGCACGACCCAUCUUUACUCUGAGACAUGUUCGCACCCAACAGGAAGACGUGAAACAGACAAGAAUGGAGAUAUGAGAUGCUACGAUAUAUUUAAAAUACGGGCAAGGGCAGGCGAAAAAGUAAAAUUAUCACAAGAGGGUCCAGAAUCAGCAGCUACACCUGUUUCGGCAUCUCAAAAGGCCGUUGGAUUUGAAAUCUACGCUAGCAGAAAUCCUAAUCCAAGUCAUACGACUGAAAAGGGAUGUUCAAAGAUAGGCAAACUAAGAAUACCAAUCGACGACACUUUACUUGGAAAAGCUCGCGAAUUUGGCGUUCGUUUCAUAUUUGGUGGAACUGAGAUUGAGGUGAAAGUGGAAGACAAAGCAGAUAAGCGAGUAUUUCGAAAAAGAGUGGACUUCCUUGGAUAACAAUGUAAAUGGUUUGCAUGCUCACUGCCAAAAUUUUGAUACGUUUUAUAGACGUUUUCAAUAAAUUCUACUGAACAUAAUGACAUGCCGAAAGCAUGCAUUAGGAUUGGAAUUGACUUGAAUCAUGUUGGAUGUGCAAUAUGCAGAUAAACGGAUUUCAAGACUUAUAUAUAUGUUUUUAUUUGAUUUUGUUGAGUGAAUAUCAUUUUAAUUUUAUGAAACAUGUGAUAGUUAAUUAUUCGUCUUUGUAGUCGCGAUUAUUUUUUUUUUUAUUUUUUUAUAUGUUUACAUUGUGUACAUACUUGUUGACAUGUAUUGAAGAAAUUCAUUUUUCAAUACCCCAUUAAUAACUGAAUAUUGACCAGAUUGCAUCACGUUGCCGCCGAUAAAACAAAAAGCGAGAACACAACUUUUUUACGUAUUGGUGUAUUGUCUGCCUCAGACCAAUAGAACUUUCUAUUAAAAUGCAUUCAUUAAAUGCAUUCAUAUUGCUCAUGCAGAUUAGUAGUGGUAUACGCAUACUGUGUUAUAAUUUGUUAUAUUCCAGUUGAUAAAUAAAUAUACCUUUUGAAAUGUC